UUUCUCUCCAAUUUUCCUUUCCGGAUCCAAAAAGGCUAACGAUUAAAAAAACUUCUCUAAAGCCCCUAGCUUUUAUUUCUCUGUCUGCCAUUAAAAUGCCUUAAAUAUAACCCCUCACUUCCAUCCCUUUACCCCACUUGCUAGCCUCUAUCUCUCACUGCCCUGAAAGUUCACCUUCUGAUCAUUUCCGACGUCGGCGCUUCCCCUCUUCUCGCCUAAUUCUCUCUGCCAUUCUUUAUAGCUUAAUUUCUUUGAGUUCUUAAGAAAAUGGGUUAACUUCCUGUGCUUAUUUAUCCCGGGUAUCUUCUCCUUCCUUCCGUACUUACGAUAGUUACUCGCAAGGGACAUCACUUUACUUGGGUUUUCACGACGAUUUUCGGGCGGGAAAAUCUCAAAGAAAUUCCGGGAAGGUCACUAUUUUUCUAUCACAACGCUACCUGGGUGUUCUGACUCGCCUCAUUUGCUGUUCUAUUUUUGCAUCCCUCAAUACUAAGCAAAAUCCUAACAGAGAAGAAAGCACGAAAAAUGAUUAGUCUCACGGACCUCUACCACGUUCUCACAUCCGUUGUGCCUCUCUAUGUGGCCAUGAUCUUAGCGUACGGCUCUGUCAAAUGGUGGAAGAUCUUUAGCCCCGACCAAUGCUCAGGAAUCAACCGAUUUGUGGCACUUUUUGCUGUCCCGCUCCUUUCCUUUCACUUCAUCUCCACCAAUAACCCUUAUGAGAUGAACUACAGGUUCAUAGCCGCUGACACUCUCCAGAAGGUCAUUGUCUUAGUGGUCCUAGCCAUCUGGUCCAGGACCAGCUCAAGAGGCUCUCUCGAAUGGUCCAUCACACUCUUCUCACUCUCCUCUCUCCCUAACACACUCGUCAUGGGCAUCCCUUUGCUCAAGGGCAUGUACGGAGACUCAUCAGGGACCCUCAUGGUCCAAAUAGUCGUCCUCCAAUGCAUCAUAUGGUACACCUUGAUGCUCUUCUUGUUUGAGUACCGGGGAGCCAGGCUCUUGAUCGUUGACCAGUUCCCAGACACUGCCGGGUCCAUCAUUUCCUUCAGAGUUGAUUCUGAUAUCCUUUCCUUGGAUGGGAAAGAACCACUGGAAACCCAAGCUGAAGUCGGUGAAGAUGGGAAACUCCAUGUCACUGUGAGAAAGUCAGCUUCUUCUCGCUCCGAAAUAUUCUCCCGACGCUCACACGGGCCUAAUUCCGGUCUUUCACUCACUCCCCGCCCAUCAAAUCUAACCAAUGCAGAGAUUUACUCGCUUCAAUCAUCAAGAAAUCCAACUCCUAGAGGGUCCAGUUUCAACCACACUGAUUUCUAUUCCAUGGUGAAUGGUAAGAACGCCAGCAAUGUGAGCCCGAGGCAAUCCAAUUUCGGUAACCUGGGUUUCGACGAGGAGAGCGGAGUCGGCGUGUUCGGGAACCCAGCGAGACCGAAUGGGGCUUAUCCGGCUCCGCCGAGUGCAGGAAUUUUCUCGCCGGGUGCAAAGAAGAAGGCUAAUGGGUGUGCUGGUGAUGGAGGCAAGGACCUUCACAUGUUUGUUUGGAGCUCAAGCGCUUCCCCGGUUUCCGAGGGUGGGAUCCAUGUUUUCAGGGGUGGGGGCGAUUAUGCGAAUGAGCUUGGUGGGGUUGGUCACCAAAAAGAUUAUGAUGAGUUUGGUCGAGAUGAGUUCAGCUUUGGAAACAGAACACUGACGAAUGGGGUUGAUCGGGAAGGCCCGGUGCUUUCGAAGCUCGGGUCGAGCUCCACAACUGAGCUCCACCCCAAGGCCGGUGCUCACGGUGAUUCGAAACCGGUGUCUAUGCCGCCAGCUAGUGUAAUGAGCAGACUCAUCUUGAUUAUGGUGUGGCGAAAGCUCAUUAGGAAUCCCAAUACCUAUUCCAGCCUGAUUGGCCUCACCUGGUCUUUAGUCUCAUUCAAGUGGAAUAUCGUUAUGCCUGCUAUAAUUGCACGUUCCAUAGCCAUUCUAUCUGAUGCUGGUCUCGGAAUGGCCAUGUUUAGUCUUGGCUUGUUCAUGGCAUUGCAGCCGAAAAUGAUUGCAUGUGGAAACUCUGUCGCUUCCUUUGCCAUGGCUGUUCGAUUCAUCACCGGCCCUGCUGUCAUGGCUGCUGCCUCAGUUGCAGUUGGACUACGAGGGGUCCUUUUGCACAUUGCCAUUGUACAGGCAGCUCUUCCCCAGGGGAUUGUCCCCUUCGUCUUUGCAAAGGAAUACAAUGUUCAUGCUGACAUUUUGAGCACUGGGGUUAUAUUUGGGAUGCUAAUUGCUCUUCCUAUUACACUAGUUUACUACAUCUUGCUGGGACUUUGAAGCUGAGAGAGACACUGAAGCCAUUAGGGAAAUAGUUAAUAUAGCAGUGCUUACCGUUUUCAAUUUUUUUUUUUUUUUUUUGGGCUUUCUCUAACCAGACUGAACAAGAUAGAAUCUGCAGUAAUGAAAGGAGAAAGUAGGGAGCAGCAAACAGGAUAAUUGAAGCACAUAUCAUAUUUUGAGCCGUCGGGAGAGCUCUUAACUUUUGUUGUCAUUUUUCCCCCUUUUUUUCUUCUUAAUGGUUAACCUAACCUUGUGCUCCUACUUUCUGCUCCUUUGAAGACGAAAGUGAAGCUUGUAUUUGUGGAGAUACCUCUACUUAUUGCAACUACUUUUCAAAAAAAGAUUUUGAUUAGAAAGAA